UCAGAGGGCGCUCUCGUGUUCCCGUUAGUUCACUGGCUCUGCCGGCGGGAAAACCCGAGCUCGAGCCCCGCCUUUAAGAACGUGCCCAGUGCGGAGAGGUUUUCUUUGGGGUUCUUGGGGGUGAGGCUACCUUCUUGUUGAGGGGUUAUUCGGGCGGGUGGGGCGGAAAUUUUUCAGCUAACGGCCGGCCAGGUCUCCCUGAGUUUAGGGACGAGAUGGUCCCGAUUCCUUCAGUUUGAGGAUGAAGUGGAUGGGAUUCCGUCAUUUGGGGAAAGCAGGGAGAUGGGUCCCUUUCAGUUUGGAGCAAGAAGUGAAAAUAGGUUCCACUCAGUUUUAAGGAAGACGUGGGGUCAUUUCCCUUUAGUUUAGGUAAGAAAAGGGACGGGUGGGUGCCCCUCGGCUCUGGGAAAAUUGAGUGAGGAGGUAGAACGUUUUUCUCAGUUUAGGGUAAGAUGUGGGAUGGAUGCCCCACAGCUUGAAUGAAAAAUGGAGACGGUCCUCCUCAGUUUGGGGUGAGAUAGGCCAAAUGCCUCUCAGGUUUGGGGGAAAAGGUGAGUGGAUCCCUUUUAGUUUGAAGGAAAUCGAUAGGCUGCGUUUUCUCAUAGUUUAAGGAAGGAAGAAGAUAGGUUCCCUUCUGUUCAUGGAAAAGGUGAGACUUCCUUGUACUUUGACCGAAAGGGAAGCUGGAUGCUCCUCGAUUUGGAAGAACAGCUUCCUUAUCAGCCUCGAAUGAGCUGGGCCCAGUGUGGGUCUUGGGGUUUCUGGGGACUUGAGGAAGGACAGCGUUGUCCAUCACGUCCUUCUGGGAGCGCCCAGUGCGCGUGCGCAGCGCUGGUCUGGGCGGGGGCCCGAAGGGGGUCCUAGGCUCUGGAGGGCGGCGGCGCACUGCCCCCUGCCGUCUGCACGCGGCAGCGGCGGGGCCCGCGCCUUCAGUACCAGCUGCGGGCUCCUCGCCGCGGGUCUGCACUAGCUGUGAGGGAGAUGAGCCCCUCCGGCCCGCACCCCGCCCCCCGCAGACCCCCUCCCCUUCCGCGACCGGCUACCUCCUUCGGCGGGUGGGAAGCGGCCGCGCCUCCGGAGGGCUGGGGCACCUCACAGCUCUGAAACCGGGUCAGAGGAGCUUUGGGGAAGGUUUGGGGGAUUGGACUCGAAGGAAUAGGUUUCGGGACUUGGAGAGCUGGACUGGGGGGUUUCCAGAGCUCAGACUGGUCUAGAGCGGGAGGAGCAGGGGUCCAGAGUCCGGACGCCCGGGGCACGGUCUCGGAGUCCGGACCCGGCUUGGGGGUUUCGGAGCUGGGAUUGGGGGGAGCGAGCCCCACGUGCUUGUGACGCGGGGGCGGCCGGUAGGCGCGGCGGCGACGCGGGGCCGGCGGCCGUGCGGUGCUGGGAGGGCUGCUAGGCAGGCAGCAGGAUGCUGCUCGCCUCACUCCCGCUGCUCGGGCUGCCCCUGGCGGGGGCGGCCACCACCGAAGCGCCCACCCAGGAGCCAGGGUCGUCCGGCGAGCCUCCCCCAGGGCUGGCGCUCUUCCGCUGGCAGUGGCACGAGGUGGAGGCGCCCUACCUGGUAGCCCUGUGGAUCCUGGUGGCCAGCCUGGCCAAAAUCGUGUUUCACUUGUCUCGGAAGGUGACAUCGCUGGUUCCUGAGAGCUGCCUGCUGAUUUUGCUGGGACUGGUGCUUGGAGGCAUUGUCUUGGCUGUGGCCAAGAAAGCUGAGUACCAGCUGGAGCCAGGCACAUUCUUCCUCUUCCUGCUGCCUCCUAUUGUGCUGGACUCGGGCUAUUUCAUGCCUAGCAGGCUGUUCUUUGACAAUUUGGGUGCCAUCCUCACCUACGCCGUGGUGGGCACGCUAUGGAAUGCCUUCACAACAGGUGCUGCCCUCUGGGGCCUGCAGCAGGCUGGACUUGUGGCCCCUCGAGUGCAGGCCAGCUUGUUGGACUUUCUGCUAUUCGGGAGCCUCAUCUCAGCAGUGGACCCCGUGGCUGUGCUGGCUGUCUUUGAGGAGGUGCACGUCAACGACACUCUCUUUAUCAUCGUCUUUGGCGAGUCCCUGCUCAAUGAUGCCGUCACCGUGGUGCUGUACAAGGUCUGCAACUCCUUUGUGGAGAUGGGCUCUGCCAACGUGCAGGCUGCUGACUACCUGAAAGGAGUCGCCUCCCUGUUUGUGGUCAGUCUGGGCGGGGCAGCUGUGGGCUUAGUCUUUGCCUUCCUCCUGGCCCUGACCACACGCUUCACCAAGCGGGUCCGCAUCAUCGAGCCGCUGCUGGUCUUCCUCCUCGCCUAUGCAGCCUACCUCACUGCUGAAAUGGCCUCGCUUUCUGCUAUUCUUGCGGUGACUAUGUGUGGCCUGGGCUGUAAGAAGUACGUGGAGGCCAACAUCUCCCAUAAGUCACGCACGGCUGUCAAAUAUACAAUGAAGACUCUAGCCAGCUGCGCUGAGACUGUCAUCUUCAUGCUGCUUGGCAUCUCAGCUGUGGACUCUUCCAAGUGGGCCUGGGAUUCUGGGCUGGUGCUGGGCACCCUCUUCUUCAUCCUGUUCUUCCGAGCCCUCGGUAUUGCCAGUACCCUCUGGUUUCCCACUCUCCUUCCUGCCCUGCCCCAGUGCAUCCCCCAGUUUGAGUCCACAUCCUUGUCAGUUCCUAAGCCCCCACCCCCAGCCCCGUUGCUCACCCCCCCCAACCCCUGUGAGACCCUAGCCCAGAUACUGGGUGCCAUCCACUCCUGGGUCCUCCACUCCCAAUGCCCUGCUCCCACUGGCCUCCCUCCUGCUGUAGGCGUAGUCCUGCAGACGUGGGUGCUGAAUCAGUUCCGGCUGGUCCCUCUGGACAAGAUUGACCAGGUGGUGAUGUCCUAUGGGGGCCUGCGGGGGGCUGUGGCCUUCGCUCUCGUCAUCCUACUGGACAGGACCAAGGUCCCUGCCAAGGACUACUUUGUGGCCACCACUAUUGUGGUGGUCUUCUUCACAGUCAUUGUGCAGGGCUUAACCAUCAAGCCACUGGUCAAGUGGCUGAAGGUGAAGAGGAGUGAGCAUCACAAACCUACCCUGAACCAGGAGCUGCAUGAGCACACUUUUGACCACAUUCUGGCUGCAGUGGAGGACGUUGUGGGGCACCAUGGCUAUCACUACUGGAGGGACAGGUGGGAGCAGUUUGACAAGAAGUACCUGAGUCAGCUGCUGAUGCGGCGGUCAGCCUACCGCAUCCGGGACCAGAUCUGGGAUGUGUACUAUAGACUCAACAUCCGGGAUGCCAUCAGCUUCGUGGACCAGGGAGGCCAUGUGUUGUCCUCCACAGGGCUCACUCUGCCCUCUAUGCCCAGCCGCAAUUCUGUGGCAGAGACCUCUGUCACCAACCUGCUGAGGGAGAGCGGCAGUGGAGCAUGUCUGGAUCUGCAGGUGAUUGACACAGUGCGCAGUGGCCGGGACCGGGAGGAUGCUGCGAUGCACCACCUGCUCUGUGGAGGCCUCUACAAGCCACGCCGCAGGUACAAAGCCAGCUGCAGCCGCCACUUCAUCUCAGAGGAUGCUCAGGAACGGCAGGACAAGGAGAUCUUCCAGCAGAACAUGAAGCGGCGGCUAGAGUCCUUUAAGUCCACCAAGCACAACAUCUGCUUCAACAAGAGCAAGCCACGACCUCGCAAGACUGGUCGCAAGAAGAAGGAUGGCUUGGCUAACACUGAGGCCACAAAUGGGAAACCUCUGCGAGACCUGGGCUUUCAGGACACAGCUGCUGUGAUCUUAACUGUGGAGUCUGAGGAGGAGGAGGAGAGUGACAGUUCAGAGACAGAGAAGGAGGACGACGAGGGGAUCAUCUUUGUGGCUCGGGCCACCAGUGAGGUUCUCCAAGAGGGCAAGGUCUCAGGGCCUGGCAGGAUGUGGUUUCUGAGGCCAAUGCUGCAAGCUGGGAGCCUUGAGGUGUGCCCAAGCCCACGCAUCAUCCCCCCCUCCCCAACCUGUGCAGAGAAGGAGCUACCCUGGAAGAGUGGGCAGGGAGAUCUGGCAGUCUACGUGUCCUCGGAAACCACCAAGAUUGUGCCCGUGGACAUGCAGGCGGGCUGGAACCAGAGCAUCUCGUCCCUGGAGAGCCUGGCGUCCCCGCCCUGUACCCAGGCCCCAACUAUGUCCCGUCUGCCUCCUUGCCCACUGGCCGCUGAAGAGCCCCAGCCCCCUUUCGACCUGCCUUACGAUCCACGCCCUAGCUUCGCCUUUCCACCAAGCCUGGCCAAAGCUGGCCGCUCUCGCAGUGAGAGCAGCGCUGACAUCCCCCAGCAGCAGGAGCUGCAGCCCCUCAUGGGACACGAGGACCGCACCCAUCUUAGCCCACGCACAGCCAACUCCCACUGGUGCAUCCAGUUCAACAAAGGUGGCCGGCUGUAGCCCACGGGCUCAAGGAGGAACAGGAGGCUGGACCCCCCCCCCCCAUGGGAAGUCUUCCCUGGGCAAUGGACAGAGGAGCCCACUUAGCCUGACAAGGGGCCA